UCUGCCCGCGGCCUACCUGCGGUUUCCACGCUCGAGUCCGACCGUAAACUACGCGCGGACCGGAGGCAAACGCGGAGAUGGCAGCCACUCUGCAGCGCAUCGAGCGUCUGUCCAGUCGAGUGGUGCGCGUCCUGGGCUGUAAUCCGGGUCCCAUGACCCUGCAGGGUACUAACACCUACCUGGUAGGGACCGGCGCCAGGAGAAUCCUCAUUGACACUGGAGAACCAGCAAUUCCAGAAUAUAUCAUCUGUUUAAAGCAGGCUCUGAAUGAAUUUAGCACAGCAAUCCAGGAAAUCAUAGUGACUCAUUGGCAUCGCGAUCAUACUGGAGGCAUAGGAGAUAUUUGUAAAAACAUUGAUAAUGGCACUCCAUAUUGCAUUAAAAAACUCCCACGGACUCCUCAGAGAGAAGAAAUUAUAGAAGAUGGAACACAACAAUAUGUUUAUCUGGAAGAUGGAGACGUGGUUAAGACUGAGGGUGCCACCCUAAGAGUUAUAUACACCCCUGGCCACACUGAUGAUCAUAUGGCUCUACUUUUAGAGGAGGAAAAUGCUCUCUUUUCUGGAGAUUGCAUCCUAGGGGAAGGAACAACUGUCUUUGAAGACCUCUAUGAUUAUAUGAAUUCUCUAAAAAAGUUAUUGAAAAUCAAAGCUGAUAUGAUAUAUCCAGGACAUGGUCCCGUAAUCCAUAAUGCUGAAGCUAAAAUUCAACAAUACAUUUCUCACAGAAACAUUCGAGAAGAGCAAAUACUUAAAAUAUUUCGUGACAAUUUUGAUAAAUCAUUUACAGCAAUGGAUCUUGUAAAAAUUAUUUACAAGACUACUCCUGAGUAUUUACAUAAAAUGGCUGAACAUAAUCUCUCGCUUCAUUUGAAAAAAUUAGAAAAAGAAGGAAUGAUAUUUAGCAACACGGACCCUGACAAGAAAUGGAGAGCUCGUCUUUAGUUUCAGAUUAGUAAAAGUUGUGUUGUUUUGCUUUAUUUUUAGAGAAUGGUAUGUUUUCUUAACUGUUAAUUAUUUACAGAGAUUAUAGAGUGUAUAACGUUAAAAAUAAAUAUAUAAAUUACAUUUUA